AUGGGCAGCAUCGAUCCAAAUUUCGAUCCCAUCCAGGAGGAACUGGACCAGGUCAUUGCUGCCGCUACGAGGUACAAGGAGCGUUUAUCUGAGGCAGACAGCUACGAUGCGAGAUACGAUCUUAUGGCAAAGGCCGGGCGCCUCUAUCAAACCAUACGCGGGCCUGCAGAUAUGGUUUUUUCUAAAGCGCUCCUUGAAGCAGGCGUCUUUCAUGUCAUCCCUGCAGGAGGGGAGAGUAUUUCCGCAAAGGAAAUUUCAGCAAAGACAGGAGUGGACAAAGAGGUGAUAGUGCGACUCAUGCGCGCGGUGACCCCGAUGGGACCCUUCCGAGAGACCGGAGAAGAGGAAUACGCCCACACGCCAUUUUCAGAGAUCUAUAUGGCACCCCAAAUGAUGGCGGUCUAUAAACUAAUGGUGGAUGAAUACUUCACACCUAUGUUAAGAAAUCAUGAAUUUUUGCGCCAACAGAACUGGCAGAACAACUUCCGUCUGCGAAAUAACCCUUAUACAUUUGUACAAAACUGCGAAGGGGAAACUAUGUUUGAACACAUAUCGAAGUUCCCCGACCGCUUUACGACCUUCAAUGAGGCCAUGGUAGCCCAAGACUCAGGACUGAUUGCAAUUGGCCUCUAUCCCUUUGCGGACGAAUUGAGUAACUUAGCUGAGGAUAACACGGCUACCAUUGUCGAUGUGGGAGGGGGCCGGGGUCACAUCUUGCGUCAAAUUAAGAAAAGCGCUCCUGAGCUGAAGGGAAAGUUCAUACUCCAGGAUCAAGCCACCGUUAUCGCAGACAAUGGAACAGAAACGCAACCGUAUGGCAUCGAAGCCAUGGCACAUGAUUUUUUCCAGCCACAACCUAUUAAAGGGGCGCUGGUCUACUAUAUUCGCCGAUGUCUCCACGACUGGCCCGAUGAGCCAGAAUCAAGGCAGAUUCUGGAGAACCUGGCUGCAGCAAUGGAUCCCGAAAAGUCCCGGGUGUUGAUCACCGAAUAUAUCUUGCCAGAAGUUGGCUCCAACAUGUUUCAUGCGUGGAUGGACCACACUAUGAUGACGUUUGCUGGACGGGAACGCACAGAGAAAGAUUGGGAGCGUCUACUGGAAAUAUCUGGUCUCAAGUUGGUCAAGGUGUGGAGAGCUCCAGGAAUACCGGUCGGCGUUGUUGAGGCUCGCUUGAAGUAA